AUGCCCUCAGGCAAACCUUCUUCUCUUGUCUUCCCUUUACAUCCCAAACCAACACCAUUAAAACCUUCUUCAAGCAGCACCAGCAAUAGCAACAGCAACAACAGCACAAACCAAGCCUGCGCGGCUUGCAAAUACCAGCGGAGGAAAUGCGCUCCUGAUUGUCUUCUCGCUCCUUAUUUCCCUCACGACCGUCACCGCCAGUUCCUCAACGCUCACAAGCUCUUUGGAGUCAGCAACAUCACCAAGAUCAUCAAACACCUCAGCCCUCCUGACAAAGACGCAGCCAUGCAUACCAUCAUGUUUCAGUCCGAUGCUCGUGCCAACGACCCCAUCGAAGGGUGUUAUAGCAUCAUAAGGAAGCUUUAUAACCAGAUCGACUACACCAGAAGCGAACUGGCCUUCGUUAUUCAGCAGCUGGAGGUGUGCCGUGACCGUGCUCACAAUCCUCACCAUCAACAUCAAGAAACGCAUAUCCAGAUGCAAGAACCUGAAGAUCUCUCAAGUUUUUCGAGCUCUUGUGAUCUAAACAACAACAACAACAACAAUUCGAUUCCUUUCAGUUACCCUCUUCAUCACGUCCAAGAACCUAAUCAACAGCUACAACAAGAACAACAACAACAACAACAACAAUAUUGUUCUUCUGGCACCUUCAAUGGGUUACAAGAAGACAUGUGGUGUCUUCAACUUCAAGAUUCAUCAACGACAGUGAAUAUCAAAGGUGGCUUCAUUGAUGAAUGUGAGGACGUUAAGCCUGUGGAAGAAGUUUCUAGCGAGAGAAUCGAGUUUGAGCACCAUGAUGGUUUCGUUGAACAACGGAAACUAGAUUUGCCUUCUGCACAAUUCAUCAUUUCUUCUUAG